GAACAGGCUGAAGGAGGAUGAUGAAUCGUGCGCCGCAGCUCUACCGAACGGUCGCAUGUUCCUGUUCCACCGUAUGUCUCCUCUGCUGCAACGCACCGAGCAGGGAACCUUCAGACCUGCAGCACUGAUCACCUCAGGUACAGAACCUCAGGUCCUCAGGUCCAGAACCUCAGGGACAGAACCACGUGUAGGGAACUUAAGCCACAGGUAGAUAACUUAAACUACAGAGCCUAAGGUACAGAACCAAAGAUACAGAACCCUGCAACUUCAAAUACAGAACCAAGGGAUGAGAGCCACAGGUAGAGAACCAGAGAUACAGAGCCACAGGUGGAGAACCUCAAGUACAGAGAGCUGAAAGCCACAGGUAGAGAACUUCAUCUGCUGAACCACAGUUAGAGGACCAAGGGAACAGUAGCAGCUCGAGAGUCCCAAGAGGAGAACCUUAGGUACAGAACCAAAGAUAAAGAACCAUGGGCAGAGAACUGUGGGCCACAGUUGAAAAACCAGUAGAUGAGAACCAGGAGAACUGCUGCAGAUGUGCAGUCGAUCCUGGAGAGACUGGGUUCUGACAGAGCCCUGCUGAAGGAGUCGGUUCUGAUCGGCUGCUCUGAACAGAACCAGGCUCAGUUCUGUCUGGACGUCGGAGAACUGGAUCAGGCAGCAGUAGAAGAAGAGUGUGGAGGAAACUUCAUCGAUUUGAGGAAGGCAUUCUUUCUUCUGACCGGAGCAGAGGCGCCUCUGGUGGCCAAGGGUCAGGCUCUGCUGCGCUGGCAUCAAACCAACAGGUUCUGCAGUGCCACGGGUCUGCCGACCAAACGCAACCAGGCAGGAAGUCAGAGAGUCUGCAGCAGCUCCGGCAUCAUCUACUAUCCCAAGAUGUCUCCGGUGGUGAUCGUCCUGGUGUCUGAUGGGAAACGGUGUUUGUUAGGCCGACAGUCGUCUUUCCCUCGAGGGAUGUACAGCGCUCUGGCCGGCUUCUGUGACAUGGGUGAGACAGUGGAGGAGGCUCUGAGCAGGGAGGUGGCAGAGGAGGUGGGUCUGGAGGUCCAGAGUGUCUCCUACAGCUCCUCACAGCACUGGCCUUUUCCACAUAGCUCCUUCAUGAUUGCCUGCCACGCCUCUGUUAACCCCGCCCACUCCCAGUUGGACGUGGACCACUCAGAGCUGGAGGAUGCUCGCUGGUUCAGUCUGGAGGAAAUCACCGCCGCCCUGCAGGUGAAGACUCCGCCCAGGAGGGGCGACGCCCCCGUCCUCUGGCUACCUCCAAAACAUGCCGUUGCCCACCGCCUCAUCACAGAGUGGACUGACCGCCAGAGACGCCGCAAUGAGGGAGACUAACGUCUCUUGUCUAACGACAAUAACAAACCUGACAUCCACAACUGGUCCACGCUGAGUGUCUUCAGAGUCCUCAGUCCUCAUCCAGAGUUCUCAGAGUCAGAGUCCUCAUUCAGAGGACAGGUUUCAGACUGCGAGACGUCUCGCCAGGAGGGAGACAGGUGAGGUAAAGGGACAGGUGUAACAACAGGAAGUUAGUGACUGCAGCAGAGACACAUAAAUGAUGGAGAUGAAGACCCAAACUGACUCCUCCUCUUCAUCACUCAGCGUCUCUGACAUCCAUCCAGGACAGACGUCCAUUAAUCAGCUGAGACAUCAGAGACAAAUCAGUCAUCAUGUUUUAAAGUUUUACAUCCUCAUCGCAGACAGGAACUGCAGCUCACUGUCAUCAUCAUCAUCUUCAUCAUCAGGCAGACAGCAACUGAUCUGCUGAGCGGCAGAUUAAGAUGUAGAAAUAAAAGCUCAAACUGUGACACAUCUUUUCUGUUAUUAAUAUUAAUGAAUCACAGUUUGACUUUACGACCUCAGGAAGCUGAGCACAGUCUAGUGAUGUGAACGAGAACGGCGUGUCCAACUUCCUGUAGAGUCGAAAGGACGACAUCACUAAGUAUAAAUCAGUCUGAGACAAACAGGAAUCAGUUUGAUAAAAAACUUUAUUUCAAAUUAAAGCAUCUGAGAUAGAAAACA